AUGCAGCUGAACAGCCAGUCCGGAUUCACAACCUUCACGUUCGGAUCGAUCGAUUUCGCAAGACGAACUUUGAACGUUCCGGGAUUCUUGCAAAUGACGUGCGUCACAGACUUGCCCAGCUCAGUGUUAUCCUCACCAUCACCGAGCUCCAUCAUGCGAUCCACAGGCGAAUACCCAGCAUCUGGCAGCGGGAUGUUGAUUUUCUCGUCGGUCUGCUUUGGUUGGUCUUCGCUUUUCACAGAUUCAGCUGGACUAUCGGGACUGUCUGGACUUGCCGGACUCUCUGAACUUUCAGGGCUCUCUGAACCUUCCUCAUCCUCCGUGCUAAUGGCAUUCUCGUCGUCUGGUGCACCGGCCUCCUUGAGAGCUUUCAAACUGUUGAUCUGGUCCUCCAGCUUGUUCACCGACCGUCUGCGCUUGGACGGUCCCAGAAGCGUGCUUUGGCGAGGCAGGAAACUCGAAUUGAUGUCUCCAAUGCCAACAAAGAAGUCGUAUGGAAUCACCUUGAUCAAAUUAGGCGACCAAUUCCAAACAUCUCCUCUAUCGUCAAUCACAACAACCAUCGAUGUGUCAACAGGAAACAGCCGCUGCAGAGACUUCUGCGUCAAGGACCCGCUUUCGUCUCGCGAGAGUAUUCGGUCGCCAAAGUAA